UCACCAUGGAUGAAAAAUCUGAUCUGAUGCUGCUCAACCCUGUCACCGGUGACAAGAUUGCACUCCCUCCCGUGACAACCAUGGAGCAUGUUAAACCUGUCCUAAACGGUGACGGGGUUCUUGAAGAGUACAAGGUGUCUUUCUACCACGGAAAGCUUCCGAGGGUGGAGAGGACACCAUAUGUAUGUUCAUUGGAUAGGUGCGGUGAAACCAUCUACAUAAAGGCGACUUUGUCGUCCGAUCCAUCGACAGGCGAAUGCAUUGUCAUGCUCAUCCAUCAGCCGUACUGGCAGCUCUCGUUCGCCAAAGUGGGAGAUGCUCGGUGGAACUGGCUCCAAAUGCAUAGUUUCUAUGCAGAUUGCAUGUACCAUGAUGGUUGUGUCUAUGCAGUGACUGAAGAAGGUGCGAUUGAUAUGUACAAUCUAGAUGGACCAUCCGUCAUCCACAGAAGAAUUUUACCAGAUAUGGUUGAUAUGGUCCAGAGGUACUACAUUGUUCAGGCACCAUGGGGAGAUUUUCUCCAAAUCUACAAGAAGCGGGACUGGGAUCCUGAACGACCGGUUGGUGAGACAUAUGCCACCGCUUUCGAAGUGUACAAGGUUGAUUUUGUCAAGCAGAAGCGUGUUAAGAUGGCAGGGAUAGGUGACUAUGCGUUGUUUACCGGGAAAAGCACGACAUCUUGCUUUAGCGUGAAGGAUCAUCCAGGCUUGAUGUCAAACCAUGUAUAUUAUACUCAUGAUGAUCAUGAAGAUUUAUUCGACUGCAAAGAUGAUCCUCGUGACAUAGGGGUGUACAACUUGGAGAACAAUACCAGGGCCAAGUUGGUUGAUCCUGAACCCUGGAGGACGUGGUUCCCUCCCAUAUGGUGCACACCCAACCUUGCAAAAGCAGGAUUUCCAGAUGAUAAUGGUGGGGCGCAAUAGGAUCAAGUCCGAAGACAACGGCCAAUUGCUUCCUGAUAUUCCGUCUUGUGGCACUCUUUGCCGGGUCCACUAUGGAGGGAGAUGUUGCCAAUGGACUUGACAUGUAGCACUAGUCAUGUAGUAGUGGCCUUUUUUCUUUGAUGAUGAUGAAGUUCGCCUCUGUGUAAUUUGCUUUCGAAGUUUUGAAUUUCAAGUGGGCUAUGAGUGAACUCAUCCCCGGCGUCCGAUGUUGUGUCAUCUUGUACUACUACUACGGUCUUUGAAAUUGACAGAAGCUGGGGCACCCCUUCUCUUCCUGUUACUUUGUACUCCUUUGAACUAAAACCAUGACAGAUGUUUUGGAACC